CUCUAUUUGGAGUGAUUUCGAUGAGUGUACUGCUUUUCACUAUGACAUGACACCGGGGCAACGUUUGGCUGUUGGUCACCACUGCUAUCUUCAUAAGGAAGAAGUGAAUUUAUGUCGGUCAAACAUUGUCUCAAUGUCAUGUCUCGGUCCAAAGUGGCAAGGGACCAGAUUUUCCUUGCUUUAGAUUUUGGGGACCAAAUCUAGACCUGACAAUAGUUGAUGGAUCAAAAAUAUAUUUCUAGAAGUUAAAUGUUGCUCUUUCCUUUUUUUUCUCAGAUAAAUUUUUAUGGUCCCCACCUUUUAACUUGGACACAUGCCCAUUUAUGUCUUUCCUGAUAAAGGGUAAUAUAUUAGGCGGUCUUUGCAACAAAGGCCAAGUAAUCCAUUCAUAACGUUCUUUUUGAUUUUUUUCUCCUCCAGGAAAUGGACAAAGAAGGCAACCUGAGAUUAAUCUCAAAGCAAGUAAUCCUAGCCUUGAAAUUAUCAUUUUGUUUUAGAUAGACUGUAUUUAUAGGUAAUAACAAAAUGGGUUUGCAAGUCAUGUGAAAUCAUAUAUUUUCUCCUUUUUCUCUUCAUUCACUUUUUUACAGGACUAUCUACUUGGUAACCCUAUUACGGGCUCCAGGUUUGAUGAUUUCAACUCCAAAAUACCAUAUGCCCAUGGUGUUGGAAUUAUAUCUGAUCAACUAUAUGAGGUAAUUCCACAAUAAUACGUUUGGGCAAAGUGCAGUGACAAAAUCAUGGAUCUUGUUUUCCUUUUCUUUCUCAAAGGCUGCAAUGGCAAACUGUGAAGGAGACUAUGUAAACCCAGUGACUAAAAUGUGCGUGGGGGUUGUAAAUACCAUUCAAAAUCUCAUAUCUGAAGUUGAGGAAGGAUAUAUCUUGGAUGAUAGAUGUGUACGUGCUGCUCCAAAACCUGUGAAGGAUGAUUCUUUAAGUAGCACGUUUCUAUCAGAAGAACAGAUUCAGCCAACCGAAUCAUCUGCUCAUCCUACUAUCAAUUGUUUUUCAUAUCGGUACUACCUAUCUAACAUUUGGGCGAAUUACAACAGGACUAGAGAUGCUCUUAAGAUCAAGAAGGGAACCAUUGGCAAGUGGGUAAGAUGCAACAGUGAAUUCCCCUAUACACACGACGUCCCAAGUAGCAUAGGGUACCAGUUCAACCUCACCACCAGGGGCUACCGUGCGCUUGUAUUCAGCGGAGACCAUGAUCUUUUGGUACCAUUUUUGGGAAUACAGGCAUGAAUAAGAUCCUUCAACUUCUCCAUUGUUGAUAACCGGAGAGCAUGGCAUGUGGAUGGCCAGUCUGCAGGGUUAAGUCUCUCUCUUAUUGAUUUUGCCUCCCACUUUAGACCAAGCUUAAACAUUGUUAACCCUUCAAUGGAUUACAAUCCGACUGAACAUCCUCACUCAGAAAACCCGGAGUUACAUCAAUCAAAGCAUAUAAAGGACACACUGCUACAGCAUGAUGGAAUUACAUGUGCACACAUAGACCAUGGAAAAAGAGAAGUUCUAUUGCAUAUAAGUUUAGCAAAUGAGCUUUCCGUUGGGGAAGUGUAUAACCUUGUCAGCAAAAGAAUUUUGUAUGCUUCACGUUUCAGCUAUAUGUUGCUUUUGUAUUGUCUGAUUAAGGAAUACAUUUUCUUGCGCAGAUUUACAAUUGCAUAUGCAAACCAUAUGACAUUUGCAACAGUAAAGGUUAUAUCAUUUUCCCUUCUAUCUAUUAUUUCGAUGCAUAAUACAAAACCCAUCACAUAUAUUACUAACAAUAGACUGAUGUGACAGUAUAAAUCAUGGUUUGCUUCUUACGUACGCAGGGUGGUGGUCAUACAGCUGUAAGCUACCGGCCUAAACAAGGAUUGGCCAUGGCUCAGCGGUGGCUUGGCAAUAAGCCGUUGUGAUGUGUUCUUUCGUUGCACCCUUUUCUCGUGUUAUCGUCAUGUUAAAAAUAUAUUAUAUGUCCUUUUUCAUCCGUUGGGACUUUGAAUAACAGUUUGGCUAAAUCUCAGUGGACUGAGACUUAACUAAGUCUCACUUGACAAGAUUAGCCAUCCAAUUUGAUGGGCAUGUGCCUUACCGGUAAUAUGUUUGAUCGUGUGUAGGCCCGUUUCUGUUUGUUUUAUCGCUAAGUCUCACUAGACAAGAUUAGCCAUCCGAAUGAGAACAAUAUCGCAAGGCGAACUCCAGUGGGAAAAUGUCAUUUUUCUCUAGUUGCAUGUCCAUCCUUGACAUGCAACUGCCCCCAACACGACCAAUUGUGUGUGCCGCUAGGGGGAUGGUUCGAUGAUGGCGUUUCUUUUUUUCUUUUCUUUCUCCCAUCGCACUAGAACAAUAUCGCAAGAUGAUCCCCAAAGGGGGAAAUGUCCUUGUUUCAGUUGCAUGCCCACCUGCAAUUGCCCCCAACGAUGGCCAAUUUCAUGUCCGGCCUCGACAUGCAACUGCCCCGCUGGCGGCCAGUGUUGGAAAUAUGCCCUAGAGGCAAUAAUAAAGUUGUUAUUAUCACAUUUCCUUAUUAUAGAUAAAUGUUUAUUCUUCAUGCUAUAGUUGCAUUAAUCGGAAACUCAAAUACAUGUGUGGAUACAUAAACUAACAUCGUGUCCCUAGUGAGCAUCUACUAGACUAGCUCGCUGAUUAAAGAUGGAUAGGGUUUCUUAACCAUACACAUGAGUUGUCAUUUAAUAACGGGAUCACAUCAGCAAGAGAAUGAUGUGAUGGACAGACCCAAUCAUAAGCUUAGCAUCUAAUCGUGCCGCUUAGUUUAAUUGCUACAACUUUCGUAAUGUCAAGUAUCUGUUCCUUGGACCAUGAGCUCGUGCCACUCCCUAAUACCCGAAGAAUGCUUUGUGGGUAUCAAAUGUACUUCGUAACUGGGUGAUCAUAAAGGUACUCUUCAAGUAUUUUGGAAGGUACUAGUUGGGUUGCAUGGAUCGAGACUAAGAUUUGUCACUCCAUGUGAAGCAGAGAUAUCUGUGGGCCUUCUCGGUAACACGAUAUCCUAAGUAGCUUGGAAGCAUGUGACUAAAGU